ACAUCGCCCGAUGGGGUUAAACUAAGGUCAACCAUGAAGAAACGUAAACACGCUAUCGUUGUGUCUCAGCGAAUGUUGCAGCAUAUUCGGUUUGGAGCUUGUGGUAAAAGCAUCGAAAAAGGUAAAACUUGAAAGUGAGAAAUAUUUAAAUCUUCUAAACAUCUCAGCUGGUUCCGAGCUACAAAGUUAUGCCAGCGCACAGUUUGGACGAUGCCCCUGACCUAGCAGAGGGUCAGGGGCUUCUUUCCCCUGAAGUAAUGGAGCUUCCAGAGGCUGUGCACCAACUGCCAGCAGUGUCAGCUCCCUGCACAGUCCCCGUUGUGAUCAGUGGAGUGUCAUGUAGGCUCCCGCAGUCUGACAACAUGCAUGAGUUCAGAGACAAUCUAAUGAAUGGAGUUGACAUGGUUACUGAAGACAGCACAAGGUGGCAGCCAGGAAUGUAUGGUCUUCCAAAGAGGAGUGGAAAACUGAAGGAUCUGUCCAAGUUUGAUGCUGCAUUCUUCGGAGUUCAUCCCAAACAAGCACACAACAUGGAUCCACAGUUACGACUGCUGUUGGAGGUCACGUAUGAGGCUAUAGUGGAUGCAGGAGUGAAUCCAGAAAUUGUUCGGGGCUCCAAGACGGGGGUGUUUAUCGGAGCGAGUGCCUCAGAGAGUCAUGAAGCAUGGUCAAUGGAACCCGAGUCCACAGUUGGCUACGGCAUGACGGGAUGUACACGGUCAAUGUUUGCAAACAGGCUGUCUUUCUUCUUUGAUUUUAAAGGUCCAAGUUAUGCUGUGGACACAGCCUGCUCCUCAAGCCUGCUAGCACUAGACCACGCCCUCCACAGUAUCAGGUCAGGCCUGUGUGAUGCUGCUGUGGUCGGAGGAUCGAACCUUUGUCUCAAACCAGCUGUAGCCGUACAAUUUAUGAAGCUCGGCAUGCUGUCCCCUGAUGGCAUGUGCAAGUCUUUUGAUGCAGAAGGCAACGGUUAUUGUCGCAGUGAGGGAGUGGUAGUCAUGUAUCUACAGAAGGAACCAGUCGCCAGGAGAAUAUACUGCACACUGGUACACACAAAGACCAACAGUGAUGGCAACAAACAACAGGGUAUAACGUUUCCAUCGGGAGAAGUACAAAAACAACUACUAGAGGAAGUUUAUAGCGAAGCCGGAGUGAGCCCUGCCAUGGUGGCAUAUGUUGAAGCCCACGGAACAGGCACCAAGGCUGGAGACCCACAAGAAGUCAACACUAUAUGUGACGUGUUCUGUAAGGGCCGCAAUGGGCCUGUGCCGAUAGGGUCGGUGAAAUCCAACAUGGGGCAUGCUGAGCCUGCUUCUGGGCUUGCUGCUGUUGCCAAGGUGAUUGUUGCUAUGGAAGAGGGUCAUAUCCCUGGCAACCUGCAUUUUGAAAACCCUAAUCCAGAUAUACCAGGCUUGGUGAGUGGACAACUGAAAGUUGUGGACAAUGCAACACCAUGGGAUGGUGGUAUCGUUGGAGUUAACUCAUUUGGCUUUGGUGGAUCAAAUGUACAUGCCAUUUUGAAGUCUCGUACUGGAAGAGAAACUACCCAAAAUAAAACCUGCGAGAAAAGAAGGUUGUUUCUCUAUGCUGGAAGGUCAGAGGAUGGGGUAAAGGACACUUUAAGAAAGGUCAGAGGUCAUGGGAGUGACCUUCACCUUCACAAAUUGAUGAAUGAAACGGCUCACAUGCCAGCUAGCAGCCAUCCUUACAGGGGAUUCACUGUACUCAAUGGGGGUGAAAACAUAAACGUUCAGAAAGUGACACCUGAAUCUCGGCCUUUAUGGUAUGUGUUUGCUGGGAUGGGCACACAGUGGCAUGGCAUGGGAAGAAAAAUGAUGGACAUUGACAUAUUCAGGGAGUCUAUCUUGAGGUCAGACAAAGUUCUACAGUCGUGUGGGGUGAAACUCUACAGUCUCCUAAUGAAUGGGGAUGAGAGCACAUUUGAGAAUACUGUCAACUCAUUUGUUGGCAUAGCGGCUAUUCAGGUAGCCCUGGUAGAUGUCCUCAAAAAGAUGGGCAUGUCCCCUGAUGGUAUUGUGGGUCACUCUGUGGGAGAGCUUGGGUGUGCCUAUGCUGACGGGGGUCUUACAGCAGAGGAAACUGUGCUGGCGGCCUACUGGAGAGGUCGGUGUAUACAGGAAGCACAACUCCCUCCCGGUGCUAUGGCGGCAGUUGGUCUGACUUGGAGUGAGGCCCUUCAGCUGUGUCCAACAGGAGUUGUUCCAGCAUGUCACAAUUCCAAGGACACUGUCACUGUGUCGGGGCCUCAGGAAGCUGUCCGGGCGUUUGUACACCAACUAAAGGAGAGGAAUAUCUUUGCCAAAGAGGUGAACACAGCUGGAGUGGCUUUCCACUCGUACUACAUGCAGGGUAUUGCUUCAUCUUUGAAAGAUGCACUCAAUAAGGUGAUACCAACCCCAAGACCAAGAACAAGUCGCUGGAUCAGUUCUUCAAUCCCUGAACACCUGUGGUGCUCAGAACUUGCCAAAUACUCUUCUGCCGACUACCACGUGAACAAUCUUGUGAGCCCUGUGUUAUUCCAAGAGGCCCUGCAAUGUGUCCCUGAUAAUGCUGUUGUUGUGGAGAUAGCUCCUCACUGUCUCCUGCAAGCUAUUCUCAAGAGGUCCCUGUCAGAGAAGUGCUGCAUUGCCGGACUGAUGAAGCGGGGAGAUGACGACAAUGUGGAGUUCUGUCUCUCCAGUCUCGGAAAGUGCUACCAACAUGGCAUGAAACUCAAUCCCCUUGGCCUAGCCCCAGAUGUGGUCUACCCUGUUCCCCGCGGGACUCCCAUGAUUUCCCCCUUGGUGUCCUGGGACCACUCGCAUUCAUGGAAUGUCCCCACAGCUGACAUGUUUGUGGGAGGUGGAGCCAAUGUUUCAUGUGGGUGUGGCUUUGACAUUGAUGUGACCCCUGACUCUGAGGACUACUAUUUGAUUGGCCACAAGAUCGAUGGGCGUGUCUUGUUUCCGGCCACAGGUUAUUUACUGUUGGCGUGGAAGGCUCUAGCGAAAAUGAUUGGCAAACAGUAUGAUGAAAUGGCAGUGGCUUUUGAAGAUGUUACAAUUCACAGAGCUACAAUAUUACCUGAAAAUGGUAAUAUACAUUUUGAUGUGAUAGUGAUGACAGGUACUGGAAACUUUGAAAUUAUGGAAGGGGGUAGUGUUGUCACCACUGGCAAAGUUACCUCCCUUGAGCACUCUUCAGAAAGUUACACACCACCAGAUGUUGGAAAACUGGAGCUGACAUCAGCAGAUAUCUACAAGGAGUUGAGACUCAGGGGCUAUGACUAUGGUCCCACUUUCCAGGGCAUUCAUUCGGCAGAUAUUACAGGCACGCAAGGUGAACUGGUAUGGAGUGGAGACUGGGUGUCGUUCAUUGACACGAUGUUACAGAUGUGUAUCCUCGCCCGCCCCGGCCCCGGGCUCUGUCUUCCUACUCGUAUCAAGACCCUCACAGUGCAGCCCCUAACACACCGGCAGGCUGUGCGGGAGAUUAGGAAUGGAAAGGAAGUAAUUCAAGUGGAGUUUGACCAAUACUGUGACGUAUGCACAGCAGGUGGCGUUACUGUGCACAACCUUCAUGCUACAACUGCUCCCCAUCGCCAUGACUACCACACACCUGUCCUGGAAACAUACUCAUUUGUUCCCAAUGUGGUUCACACAGCUGUUGAGAGCUCUGAAUUGUUUCAGCAAUAUGCGAAAACAUGUUCAAGCUGUGCGCAAACUGGCUUGAGGAGUCUCCUUGACCUAAAGGGUCGAUCAGAAAAGGGUUGCAAGUAUUAUAAAAAUGUGAUUGAAGAGUUUUGGCCAGAAGAAGGCAUUGACAUCGAUAGUUGUGACAUUGAUGAGAAGUUGGCAGAUGGGGAAAAUUACUUGUCAGUAUUAAGAGAAAUGUUUGAGAACAUAUCUGACCAAGACGUACCAAGUCAUGUUGACAGUAUUGUGAAAAAAAAUCAGAAAUUAUUGAGCACAGAUCUGUUGUUCACACAGCUUUUAAGACCAGAGAUACUGAAGACUUGUCUUGACAUUGUUGUGGAAAAUGUUGAAACUACAAAUUUGAAAGUGAUGGAAGUUUGCAGCACCAACAUGCUGGAAGCAGCAACAAACUUACUCAGUAGCCACCCUUUGCUGGAACCUUCAUACACAGUUGCAUCCCCUGAUAGCUCAGCGACUGAGAAGGAAGGAAUAGAGUCUAUUAAGUGGUCGCUAAGAGACAAGCUACCUUCAUCGGUUAAGAAACCUCAUCUUGUUAUUUUGAAUAAUAUACUUCAUAGGCAGCAACAUAUCAACCAGGCGUUGUGUAAUGUAAUUGAAUCUCUUGACAAUGGUGGAUUUAUUCUUGUACAUGAACAGACUCAAAAUUUCCAUCUGGCUCUGACACUGGAGCAGUUUGAUGAAGAGUUGUACUCAAGUGAUGAUCUCAGCAACAGGAGUUGUGGCAUUUACUGCACAUCAGAACAAUGGCGAACCAAAUUCUCAUCAGCAGGUUGUGAAAUCGUCUUUGAGCGAACUGACUCUAUAACAUCAUCAUUGUUUUUAUUGAGAAAGAGAUGCAGUGUAGAAUCUGAAAAUCAGCAAAUCCUAAAUGUCUCAGACCUUGGAUGUUCCUGGGUUGAGGAGUUGAAGUCAGCUAUUGCUGUGUUGGAAUCUAGGCCUAAGGGAGAGAACUUGUGGUUGAGAGCAGACAACAAUGUCAGUGGCAUUCUGGGGCUAGUGAACUGUUUAAGGAAGGAACCGGGUGGAGACAGAAUAAGGUGUUUGUUCUCAGAGGGAGAUGUAGAGGGCUUUCCUGACCUGCUGCCUGUGAUGUCACAACAGCUGGCAGUGAAUGUGUUCAAGAAUGGUCAGUGGGGAACAUACAGGCAUCUUCCACUGCCAACAGUUUGUGGCAAGCCCUGCCAGCAUGCCUUUGUAAAUGUCCAAACACGAGGGGACCUUUCAAGCCUUCACUGGAUUGAAUCCCCCUUGCGCUACUACACACCAGACAGUACCACAGACAUUUGCACUGUCCACUUCGCGUCUCUCAACUUCCGUGACAUCAUGUUAGCCACUGGGAAGCUCCCUCCUGACGCCAUCCCUGGAGGCCUCGCAAACCAGGAUUGUCUGCUGGGAAUGGAGUUUUCUGGCUAUGACUCGGCAGGAAGACGGGUUAUGGGCCUUGUACCAGCAAAGGGAUUGGCUACAACAGUUGAUGUUCUUAGUGACUUUUUAUGGUCAGUACCUGACAGCUGGUCAUUGGAUGAUGCGGCAACCAUCCCAGUGGUGUACACGACAGCGUACUACGCCCUUGUUGUCAGGGGCAAGAUUCGUAAGGGAGACAAGGUGUUGAUUCACUCUGGUAGUGGUGGUGUCGGCCAGGCUGCCAUAGCCAUUGCCCUUGAAAAAGGAUGCGAGGUGUUUACAACAGUAGGAUCAAAGGAAAAGAGAGAGUAUUUGCAAAAGAGGUUUUCACAGUUACAGGACAGACAUUUCUUCAACUCCAGAGAUUGUACAUUUGAGAAGGGUGUUCUUACUGCUACAAGGGGAAAAGGAGUGGACAUAGUGCUGAAUUCCCUGGCAGAGGACAAACUCCAGGCCAGUGUCAGAGUGCUGGCAGAACAUGGCCGCUUCUUGGAGAUUGGAAAAUUUGACCUCUCAAACAAUUCUCAACUAGGCAUGUCAGUUUUCCUGAAGAACAUAAGUUUCCAUGGAAUCCUGCUGGACUCUUUGUUUGAUGCUGGGAACCAAGACUGGCAAGUUGUGUCCCAACUGCUGGUUUCUGGCAUAAAAUCAGGCGUUGUCAAGCCUUUGAAAACUACCGUGUUCCAAAGAGAUAACAUUGAACAGGCUUUCAGGUUUAUGGCACAGGGCAAACAUAUUGGCAAAGUGGUAGUUCAGGUUCAUGAAGACAAACGAAAGUCUCCAGAAAUUUCAUCAGCAGUUCUUUCAAUACCUCGGUUUGCAUGUGACCCAACCAAAAGUUACAUCAUCACUGGAGGCCUAGGAGGUUUUGGACUUGAGUUGGCUCAGUGGUUGACAGAUCGUGGAGCUAGGCAUCUUGUUCUCACUUCAAGGUCUGGGAUUAGAACAGGGUACCAGUCCAGAAAGAUCAGAUAUCUUAAGGCCCAGGGUGUGACUGUCAUUGUGUCAACUCAUGAUGUAACAACAGAAGAAGGAGCGAGGAAACUUGUCACAGAGGCAACUAAUCAACCGAUUGGUGCAGUUUUCCAUUUAGCCAUGGUUCUUCACGAUGGCUACAUUGAAAAUCAAGACAUUGAAAGUUUCCAGAAAGUGUGUAAGCCUAAAGUAGAAGGAACGAUAAACCUAGACAAAGCGACAAGAGAGUUUUGUAAGGAGAGUUGUGAUUGGUUUAUUGUAUUCUCAUCAGUGAGUUGUGGGCGAGGUAAUGCUGGCCAAUCAAAUUACGGCUUUGCUAAUUCAGUCAUGGAAAGAGUGUGUGAAGACAGGAGAGAAAAUGGUUUCCAUGGAUUGGCUGUUCAAUGGGGUGCAAUUGGUGAUGUUGGUGUUGUCUUGGAGACCAUGGGCAGCAACGAUACAGUGAUUGGUGGAACUUUGCCUCAACGUAUUGUCUCUUGCCUAGCAACUCUUGACACCUUUCUGAAUCAACCAGCCCCGGUUGUUUCAAGUUUUGUGCCAGCAGAAAAAGAAACUGUGGGAGGACACGGGAAAGAAAAAUUGGAUCUUGUGCAUACUAUAUGCCAUAUUUUAGGCGUCAGCGAACCAAGCUCCAUAAAUCCUGAUUCAACUUUGGGUGACCUUGGUCUAGACUCGAUGAUGAGUGUAGAGGUCAAACAGACGCUAGAACGAGGUUAUGAUCUCAGUAUGUCGGGAAAUGAUAUCCGACAACUCACGAUGAACAAGCUUUCCAGUAUAUCAUCAGGACAUGCAGAUGGGCACAGAGAUGAUGUCAAACUGGAGAAGGGUUUGGAGAAAAUCAGUGGAGAUUUGAAAGAUGAGGACUUAAUACCAUCUGAAUUGAUAGUACCUUUAAAUAAGGUUUCUUCUUCAGACCGACUGUAUAUCAUCCAUCCAAUUGAAGGCACUGUGGAGAGCUUGUACACUGUCUCAUCUCAGCUGAGUUGUGCUGUGUUUGGAGUUCAAUGUACACCCGGCGUUCCUCUUGGCAGCAUACAAGAAAUGGCUAGCUUUUAUCUAAUUGAAAUCAACAAGCACAACAGCAAUCAACCAUACCAUCUUGCUGGUUAUUCAUUCGGAGCUGGUGUUGCUGUUGAGAUGGCAAUUCAAGUUGCUAAAUGUCCUUCCAAGGACACUGUGAAAUCACUGACCUUGUUGGAUGGUUCGCACAAAUUUGUGGCUGCUCAUACUGGGGUUUUCAGAGAGACCAUGACUAUUACUGAUAAUGCACACGCUGAAACAGCAGCGUUGCUGAACUUCAUGGAGAAACUCGGAGUAGAAACUAACCACACUAUAUCUGUCUCGCUGCUCUCUGCGGCAGACUUUGACAGUCGGCUGAGCCAAAUUGCCAACCUUAUUCACCAGUCAUUCCCAUCCUUGUCGGUUUCACAACUGGUUGAUUCAGCGAGAUCUUUCUACCAGAAACUUCUGAUCGGGGAGAAUUAUAGAUCACCGGAUAAAUGCAUCGAUAUGGACGUGGAAUUAAUUGUUGCAGAAAAAAGUGCUAGUCUUUGUGACACCAUUGGGAGAGAUUAUGGUUUAGGCGAGGUGGUCCGUGGAGAAAUUCGAAUACACCGGGUACCAGGGGAUCAUAGCAGCUUUCUUAUGGGCGAGAGUGGGAAAUCUACUGCUGUCACCAUGGAAACAAUUGUGCAUGGAAAAAGAAAUCAAUAAAGGCUUAAAAAUGACUGUUGACAAAGAAUUAAAUGUCUUAAUGAUGUUUGAGGACAAAGAAUUAAUUAAAUGUCUUAAUGAUGUUUGAAAUCCAUAAAAUAAAAGGACCUUUGCUUCUUGGAUUCGGGCAUCAAACAGAAUGGUUGGCAUAAUUAUGUAGAAGUCUGUGGAUUGUUUUUGAGACAUUAGUGUUGUUUGAUGUUCAUUGACUGAUAUUGUUAUUUAUUAUAUUACUGGUUAUUUUCUUAUUAUAUGAAAUAAUGACUAAAAUUAAUGAAUAAAUGUUAAAAAUAUA